GGACAAGGACAAGGAUUGGGCUCAGCAGCAGCACAGGCAGGAUUCGCAAGAGGUGCUGCGAUGCAAGAGCAUAGUCAUCAGAUUGACGCAGCAGGAAUGGGAUUGAAGACAGGGGCAGCUGCAAGAAUACGGGAAGUAUGGCGACACAACCUCGAAUCGGAAAUGCACAUCUUGCGACAACUCAUACAAAAAUACCCAUACGUCUCGAUGGACGCAGAGUUCCCAGGCAUCGUCGCGCGGCCGAUAGGUAACUUCGCAGGUAGUAAGGCGGAGUAUCACUAUCAGACGCUGCGAUGCAAUGUGGACAUCCUCAAGCCUAUCCAAGUCGGCAUAACCCUCUGGACUGCAGAAGGCGAGCUCUGCCCUCCACAAGAUCCGACCAUCACCCAACUUCCCGGUCGACUAUCGAACAACCUCAUGCACCCAGGUCUCGGCGUACCCUGCACAUGGGUCUUCAACUUCCAGUUCAAUCUCGAGGAGGACAUGUACGCCGAAUCCUCCAUCGAACUCCUCAAAGCAUCAGGAGUCGACUUCCACCGCCACCUUGAAAUGGGUGUCUCACACGAAGCCUUCGGUGCGCUCCUCACCACCUCCGGUCUGGCGUUCAACACAGACGUGCACUGGCUGUCAUUCCACUCCGGCUACGACUUCGGCUACCUCAUCAAACUCCUCUCCAACGACGCCCUCCCCGCCGACCAAUCCGACUUCUUCCACCUCGUCACCACCUUCUUUCCCAAACUGUGGGACAUCAAGUUCCUACUCCGCCACGCGCAGCGCCAGCGCUUGCAAAAUCGCCUUUCCGCAGAAGGACUUCGCGUGGUAGACUCACUAGGCACAAAAUCCGGUCUCUCCGACUUGGCCGAGGAAUUGGGCUGCUCGCGUGUCGGCAACCCCCACACCGCUGGAUCCGACGCCUGGCUUACAGGCGCAGUUUUCUGGGCGAUGAAGUCCAAGAUCUUCAACAACGUACUGGAAGACGAACUCGCGGACCAGAUCUACGGCCUUCACGGC